GGGCGGCGGGCGCUGCGCAGAGCCGGCUGCCCUCGGCCGCGGGCGGAGGCCGGAGCACACCCCGCCAUGCCCGGAGUGGCCGCGCUGGGCGCCGGCCCCGACCCCGAGGAGAGCUACGACUUCCUCUUCAAGCUGGUGCUGAUCGGGGACGCCAGCGUGGGCAAGACCUGCCUGGUGCAGCGCUUCAAGACCGGGGCCUUCGCCGAGCGCCAGGGCAGCACCAUCGGCGUGGACUUCACCAUGAAGAGCCUGGAGAUCCAGGGCAAGCGGGUGAAGCUGCAGAUCUGGGACACGGCUGGCCAGGAGAGGUUCCGGACCAUCACGCAGAGUUACUAUCGCAGCGCCAACGGGGCCAUCCUGGCCUACGACAUCAGCAAGAGAGGCUCCUUCCUGUCCAUCCCUCGCUGGAUCGAGGAUGUCAGGAAGUAUGCUGGCUCCAACAUAGUGCAGUUACUGAUCGGGAACAAGUCUGACCUAAGUGACCUUAGAGAGGUUCAGCUGGAAGAAGCUCAGAGCCUGGCUGAACACUAUGACAAUAUCAUCUGUGCCAUAGAGACCUCUGCCAAGGACUCCAGCAACGUGGAGGAGGCCUUUGUGAAGAUGGCUACGGAGCUCAUGAUGAGGCAUGGAGGGCCCAUGUUCAGUGAGAAGAACACUGACAGCAUCAGGCUUGACAGCAAAGCCCUUGUAGAAGGCUGGGGGUGUGGUUGCUGAUAAGAGCUAGGUGAUACCCCUAACUUUACUGGAAUUUAGACGGUGCUUCACCCUAAUGCUGAGUAGCAUGGUAGCCAUAUUCUCCUCCUCCUCCUGUGAAACCAGCAAUUUUGUAGAAGUUAGACACAAUCCUGUUUGCUUUGGUGUCUUAUUUUUAAAAAGGGACUUUUGAGAGGUAGUCCUAAAAGUCAAACCCUCUGAGAAACUUACUCAACAUUUGUCCCCACCAUUUUAUUUUCUGUAACCUUCAUACGAGUUACAAGAACGGAGGAAACGACUUUGAACUUGGUAUUUUGGGGUGGGAAGACAUUUGGUUGGGGAAGAGACUGAUGCAAACCCAAAGGUCUGUAAGCAUUUUUAGCAUGGGACUGCUGGCAGAGGAGGUCACUUUUGGAACAGGCAAUCUUGAUAGUGUCUCUUCAAAUCCUCAGCACUCCACUAGUGACCAGAAAGUGACAGUGUCUUUGGUAAAGCUAUUUCAAGGGCCGUAAUAGCCAAGGUUUUGAUUACAGGACCAAAUAGCAGUCACCUGUCCUAGGCCAUGUGGAUUGCUAGUUACUACUGGGACAGGCCCAGGUGGGGGGAGCUUCUCUCAGGUUUUGUUAUCAUUUGAAGUUAGUAUUUUAGCAGAAAGCAAAACCAGCCUGAGCACUACCACGGGAUUUGCUGUCAGGCAGGAUUAGACCAGGGCAGUGAUUUAAAACAGCCUUGAGGAGAGGGUGGAUGCAUUUCAUUUGCUAUUGUUUGCACAGUGAUAACUCCUUUUUCCAGGUGGAAGUAUCACUGAGAUUUUGCCCUCAGGUCUCAUCAUUUCAUUCCACAAGUCAAGACCUGCACCACUGGAAACAAACUGGAGAAACCUUGAACUGACUGUAGCCAAGAUCUCUUGCCAUGUGCCUAAUGGUCAAACACAGGGUUCAUUCUGGCCAUCCAUUUGAUGUUAUGUUACCAGAGUGCAUAAGGGGCAUAAGUGGAUUUGAUUUUUUUAUUGGUUUUGUUUUUUAAACCACCUCUUUAAAUACUACGUGGGCAUAUAAUGGGGAAGAAGACCUCAGAACAGCUGAGAACUGCUUGCAUUGCAACUUCUUGGUUGUAAGAAACAAGUGUCUUUUUGAGUGAUUCCCUCCCAGCUUUGUACCCAAAUGUUUCCCUCUCCCUAUCACAAGUUAUCUAUUGCUUUUCAUUUCUUGAAAACAUUCAGCAGGAAAAAUCUUCCAUAGUUGAUCAAAAGUCUACAUUAAGUAAAGUAGAUUUCAGAAUCCAGCUCCAUCCAGUUCUUUCAGAUGCAGCUCUGUGGGGUAUCUUGUAGAUGCAGCUGAGGUACUGAUGGCAGCAGUCCUCUGCAUUUACACUCUCAGGCACCUUACAAAAGUGGAUUUGCAAAGAGAGCAGGAGCAGCAAUAUCUUUAACUCUGCAGAUAAAGCAAAUGUGUUCAGGGAUGGCAAGUGGUUUCUGCAAUCCUGACAAUUUGAAGGAGCUUACUUUGAAAAAGCACUCAUUCAAAGUGAAGUCACUCGUCUCUUUGAAAAAUCCAGAUCAAAAAGGACUUGAAUUGUUUUGCUACUAGGGCUGCAGCAGUUUAGUCAUCCAACAUAUCCAGUGUCAUAAAAAUUAGGAAGAUUUAGGAAAGGGCUAAUGGAUACUAAUUUUUUAAUACUAUUCAUCUUCCUGUAGCAAAUAUUAAAUCAUUCUCUGCUCUUUCUGUUUUUUAAACUGUGAGGUAGAUAACUGAGGAAUAACGUAUGCUUUGUAGCCUGUCUGCUUCUACCUAAGGGGUUAGCUUUCAAAUUUUAUAGUUGUGAGAAUGAAAAGGCCUUAAAUUUUUCAACUAGUACAGUUUUCACAAUUCUAAUGUUUUCUACAGAAGGGCAGGCUGAGCUGCAGUACUUGGUAGUGGUUUUGGAUAGUUUUCCAGGAUAUUCCCAGCUCUCCUACAUCCAGAGAUAACAGGCAGUAAAUGUCCAGCUAGACACUGAAAAUGAGAGUUGUCCAAACCUCAGAGCUGUUGGUGUAUUCCCUAUAUUCUGCUCUCAGGAGAAACUGUGAAGACAGUCCAAGCUAAAAGUCAGUCCUGGUGACUGCUUUUCCUGCUGGUGAGAUGGUCCUUAAGGUACAGAAUAUUUGCAAGCAUUUGACUUUCUCUCAUGACACGUGGCAGUUUACAUAUGGAGGUCAUGGUUCUGCUUGAACAGGGACCCCCAGAUGAGCUCAGCCUCCCUCUACCUGCAGGAUUAGUGCCAAAUUAUUUAAUGCUGACAAGAAUUCACAUGCGUUUAAGAGCAGUGUUGCUACUACUCAGACUGAAAUCCAUGGUUUACAUAGUAACUCAUCUUAAAACUGGAACAAGAAGCAAAACGAACAUAAAUCCUGCUUCCAGUGCAGCCAGUGAAUGAUUGUGUUUUUACAGUAGAUGGAGAACUGAGGAGUUACUGAUCCAUUUGCUUAGUUGUGAGUUUUGUUUAGUAAAUAAGUAGAAUUAGACCAGGCACUACACUUUUCAUUACAAUUUGCCUGGAUGUACCUCUUAAAUUAGGCUUGAAGGGUGAGGCUCUGUCUGCAGGUCAGUCUGCUUCAGUCAGAAAAUGUGCAAUUCAGCAGCAGUGAUUUGCUUGCUGUACUUUAAAUGAAGGCACCGAUUCCAAUUAGUUUUCAUUUGCUGCAGAAAACUGGAACUAUGGCUUUAAAUCAGUUUUGUCUUUUAACUCUUGGCUCUUCUGUGUUAUAACAAGUGUAGUACAAGUUUGCAUGCCCUGCUGACUGAACAAAAGGGAACAAAGCAAUAGCCUAAAGACCUGGUUUAUCUUUUAGGUUAGCAGCAGAUGUGAGUGAUGGUGCUUGGGCUGUCAGUAGUUAAAGUUUAUUUUGAUUACCAAACCCUGCCUUUGUUCACUGGCAGUAACACAGUCCUCACUAGGCUGGGAGCUUCUUGACCAGAAAUAAACAGUAAAUGUGGAGCUUUUCACUGCCCUGCUGAAGACUUUAUUAAACCUGUGACUCACACACAGCUGUGGAAUUCAGGCAUUAGGAAGAUUGUUGGUUUAACUCCAUUAAUCCUAUUGAAACCAAAAGGAUACCUGGGUGAAGAGAGUGAGGAGCAAUAAACCUGUGAUUUACGGGUAAAAACCUGACUUUCAGCUCUCAGGGUACAAAUGGACACUGAUGUACAUCGAGUGAAUAAUUCAGUAGUGCUUGUUCAGAGUUCACAGCAUAAACAUUUGCCAAGAAACCUGUUCACUGCCAGUUGAACAUUAACAAGGCCAUGGUGCAGUAAUUGCUUUUAAGCAGAUCCCCUUGGCUGAUCAUGUAUUUGCAUUAGUAUUUAUCAUUUAUUUUUGGCAGUGCCAAAGUGUGCAAAAAUAUUACAAAAGCACAGAAGGGGACAUUGAGCUCUGCCUUGUGACACUUGGGAGUGGAAUGCAGAGGCAAAUACUGAAAUGAAAUCAUCAGCAGAAUGUGGUUCCCAGGAGCUUGGCCUUUGUUACCCUUUGUAUUGAUUUUGCUUUAAGCUAGUUUUAUCUCCAGUUUCUCAUCCAGUCCAUCAUCACGGAUGGAACUUGUACAAAUAUCUGUAAUUAUGUAAAUAUAAAGCCAAAUAAAUGUCAGCCCAGAAACCUGCUGACGUUUGCUUUGCAAACCAAAAUUUUGAGAAAAGUCCUAAGAACAGAGGAGAAGUCCUGAUGAUUUUCUUACUCUCACUUUACCGGAAAGCAAGCUUUUCUAAUGUCUCUUUAAUGACACAUUCUAAAACUAAAUGAAGCCCAGCUAAUACCACUGACAGAUUUCCUAUUAGCUAAUACUGGUAGAUUUCCAAGAACUUCACCACAAGUGGAGCUAUUGCUUGUUUUGGGUGCCUAGAGGAUCUCAUGUGAAAACCAGGAUAUGGCAGAUUGUCCUUUGGGCAUGGCAUGCAAACUUGUCUUGAAAACUUGAAGACUUUUAAAAGUGAGCCGAGAGCUGGAUUUUCAGAGACAUGAAAGCUGCAAACAGAUGCCUCCCAAUGUCUUCAAAAGCAUCUUGGUACCAUUGCAAAUGAAGCACAAAACUUGUAUGGAAGUGGUUUUGCACUGAAGGGAAAUAGUUACCAGAGGAAAAAAAAUCAUUAAUGUGAAAGGCAGAGCAUCCUGAUUAUUCUGCAUUUUUCAUGUUCAUUUCCUAUUUCAAUGCUGUGCAUAAGUAAGAUUUUUCCCUUUAUAAAUGAUACUAAAAUAGAUAAAGUGUGAAAAGUAGUUUGAUACUUGACAAAAUAAAUGCUUUCUUGGGAGAGUGAUAAUACUGAUGAGGAGAAUAACUUUGCUCAUAGGGUUUGGUGGUGUAGUAUCAGGGAUUCCCCAUAGGGUUGUGUUGGAAUGGUGUGACACACACAAACCAUUCCCAAAACAGGGCAAGCCAGUGGGGGACACCAGCCCCUGUCCUGCCUGCCAGACAGGAAAUAGAAGCAGGCAUGUACUGAGCAGAAGGUGACUUUAGUUCUUUGUAACUGUUUUUAAAGAUUUCUAUUUUAUAAGUCUGUAAGGAGAGAUGAUUUCUGAUAGUCAGAUAUGCUCUGUGCUGUCAGCCAGCUUUUCCCUCUUCUGUGCCUCACUCGCUGAGAUCUGACAGGUAAAAACCCCACAACUCCAGAGAGCAGGGAGCAUCCCAGCCAGUCUGGCUCACACACACCUGUUGGGGGGAAGGUACAAAUCUCUAAUUCAUAUUGAAUUCAUUCACACUGCAUUCCAAAAUUACUUGAGGGGUUUGGAUGAUAACAGUGUUAAAAUGGUUCUGCAUUUUCUAGGACAAAUCUGUUGCUUUUCAAGGUUUCUUCGAGAGAUGCAGGCUGUACAUUUCUAAUCAUCAGUAACUGUUUUGCUUUUAAACUUUCUUAUCACGAUACUGACUAAAUGGUUUGGAAUUUGAGGAGACAAGGGAGCAAGCUUGCAUACUACGGUAAUUUUUUAUACUUUACCUUCAUCUAUUUAUGAAUUUAUUAUGAAAAGUAUUUUUAAACAUGAAACCUGCUUUUGUCGUGAAUUUUAGCAAAGUAGUGGAUACAUUGUACUGUGUAUCAUUAAAAAGGUUUAAUUAAAGUAAACAUUUGGCAAUUAA